GGAGACCGCCUUCACACCCUUUGCCAUUCAGCCCCUACAAUACCAGACACGGCAGACAGCCUAUGACAGCAGCAGCCCUCGCCUUCGCACGCCUCCAAGUGUUGAAAACCAGGAACAAAAUGAGCAACAGCUUCAAAGCAAAGGCAUAAAACCCCACCCCCGACUCGAUAGCAGAGAAACCUCCCUACUUUUUCCACCAGGUCCAACCCAAAUCUACUUUUCCAACAACUAGCCAUGAUGUCUGCUACAAAGACACAUCCGCCAAGCGCUAUCCCGUGGUUCCCCAGGUGCACUGCUGACCUGGAUUCCCACUCUGUAGCUGUGCUGCAGUUCGGGGAGGAGCUAGAGUCAGAUUAUGUCGGCGCGAACGACCCCGAGUAUCGCCGCCGCCGCAACGAGAUCGCCAAGAUUGCCAGCAUGUACAGAACGGGCCAGACGAUUCCGUAUAUCGAGUACAACGAUAACGAGCGGGCUACCUGGAAGGCGCUUUUUUGUCGGAUGAAGGGGAUGCAUGAGGAUUACGCCUGCACCGAGUACCAGGACGCCUUUAAGGUUCUCGAAGAGGAGGGGCUGUUUACGGCAGACGAUGUGCCGCAGCUUGAGGACGUGUCCAACUUCCUGCGUUCUCGCUCGGGAUUCUCCCUGCGUCCUGUAACCGGGCUGCUUACGUCCAGGGACUUUAUGAACAGUCUUGCAUUCCGUGUCUUUUACUGCACACAGUAUAUCCGCCACCACUCGAACGUGUUUUUCACUCCAGAGCCCGAUGUCUGCCACGAGCUUCUGGGCCAUGCUCCAAUGUUUGCUGACCCCGACUUUGCCCAGCUCGCACAGGAAAUUGGCCUCGCCUCGCUUGGUGCAUCGGAUGAGGACAUUGUCAAGCUGGGGAAUAUUUUCUGGUACACAAUCGAGUUUGGUCUAUGCAAGGAGUCGGGGAAGGGGAUUCGUGCAUACGGCGCUGGCCUUCUUAGCUCUUACACUGAGCUUGAGAACGCGUUCUCUGAUAGGUCUGAGAAAAGGCCAUUCGACCCUCUUGAUGCUGCCACUCUCGAGCACAGUAUAGUUGACAUUAACACAACUUAUUACGUGGCUGAGAGCUUUGCAUGCGCAACUAACCAGCUGAGCGACUAUGUCCAGCAGCACAACAACAGGGACUUCAAGCUGGCGUAUGAUGCCAAGACUGGCACGGUCAAUGUCGUUGACAAGCAGGAAAUCUAGCUUUAUUCACAUCUCCGCAUUUCCCACUUCUCAUUUCCCCUUUACCCUCACCCUGUGUAGCCGUCAGUGGCUAUACUGC